CACCCAAUCCCUUCAUCAGUUAGCGACAGCUAUCCUGCUUUCUGCUCGCGUUCCGCUUCGGACAGGCCGGAUGAUGGAAGACGGGGUCGCUGCAACGGUAUGCGGAUUCUCCAGGUCACUUAGUUUGUAGAGAAAACCCUCAUGGCGUCGUUCCAAACCAGAUAUGGCAGCUCUGGUUGACCAACACCGAUUUAUUUACCCCCGUAAACCAAGUCGAGUAGUGCACCACCGCGUCCACUCCAUUGCCAACAAUGACCCCAGUGUACCGUCCAACUCUGUUCCGCACGAAGAAAGUUCCGAUGAUAAGGAGGAUUUUGAUCGCGACCAUGCUGACUUUUGUCACGUAUUGUCGCGCAAACUAUCCGCACGAGUUGACAAGCACCCAUUUGUCAAUGGUGGUAACUUACAACCGGACAUCGAGAAGCUAGACCGCGCCAUUGUGAUUGAAGUCGUCCAACUUCCUUCGGUGAACCAUGACGGGCGCAAAAUCCUGCAGCCUUCCGUGGACGACGAUAGUGAGGAUGAAGACGACAAUGUCCCUCUAUCCACCUUCGUCUCCUCUAGAGCAACGGUGCAACAACCGGCUUCUCCUCUGGUCUCUAGUUCGUCUCCACCAACCCCCAUUCCUAUUCCUUCUCAAGAGUCCUCGCCUCCACGCUUGUGCUAUUGCACAAAACCUGCAAUUACAGACGACCCUCGAUGGGACGGCCAGUUCUGUUCCACGGAGUGUCUCGUUUCUGAAUGCCGCCAGGCCUUCAAUCUGUGGUUACAUGCACACCAGUCUUCAGUCUGAGGUCAAAUCCACUUGUUCCAUUGCCUAUCUGCGAUAUGGUUGUACAUAUUCUCGUUUUUUCCUGUGUAUUUUGUUCCAAACAAUUUUACACUGUGCAGAGCUCUGAUUAGCCGACAGCGCCCUUGCUAGCAUUCACCUGCAGACUGUUUCAUUCUCAACGAGGUUCAGCCGAUUCCGGUGAACCCAUGUACAGAUUUAUACCUUCGACAGAGGCAGAAGCAACCAAUUUGAUGCUCAUCAUUUAAUUCUCUCGAAUUCUUCCCUGUUCGUUUUGUUCUCACUCAAAUUUCCAAAUUUGAAGAUACACCAUUUAGGGUGGCAUAUGUUUGUGCGUCUGAUCGCAAGUUUUGUUUAUGUAUUCUCAACUGUGGAUUUCCUCUGGUCAUUUUUGAACUGGUGGAAAUAGUAAUUCACUUGGAUUUUACUGUGUCCAGAAAUGUGUGCGAUCUGAUGUAAAUGCUUUUUGUCCUCGGUGGCCCUCAGGAAAAUUUUUCAUCGAGAGCUGUCUGUACGCAGUUGCACUGGUUACC